AUGGACAGGAAGUCAGCCCGGAGACGGCGCGUAUCGACGAGCUCUGGCAGGGACGGAACGGACGAGUGGCAGCCCCGACGGGACGUCGGGGCGGAACUCAUUUGUCUGCAGCAGCCACAGUGCUUCCUGUGGGGCAUCCGUGUGUCCCAUGGGCCCCCUGUAUCUAGCUCCGGGCCCCACUCCAGGCUAUUCAGCCACAGAUGUGUUCAAACCCAGCCACGCCGGCUCGAUGGCUCAGCCUGUAAUCCCGCGCCUUGGGAGGCUGAGGGUCUCUCCUUCAUCACUUUUAUCUGCUAUGUGGCGUCCUCUGCAUCCGCCUUCCUCACGGCGCCCCUGCUGGAGUUCCUGCUGGCCCUAUACUUCCUCUUUGCUGAUGCCAUGCAGCUGAACGACAAGUGGCAGGGCUUGUGCUGGCCCAUGAUGGACUUCCUGCGCUGUGUCACCGCGGCCCUCAUCUACUUCGCCAUUUCCAUUACGGCCGUCGCCAAGUACUCGGAUGGGGCUUCCAAGGCAGCCGGGGUGUUUGGCUUCUUUGCCACCAUCGUGUUUGCAAUUGACUUCUACCUGAUCUUUAACGACGUGGCCAAAUUCCUCAAACAAGGGGACUCCGCCGACGAGACCACAGCCCCCAAGACAGAAGAAGAGGAUUCCGACUCAGACUCAGACUGAAGGUCUGGCCCUGCCCUGGCAACCCGAGCCACAGGGUCCUCCACCCCUUUGCCUUCCUGACAGCAGCGGCUGGGAGCAUGGCCAGGGGACGCUGCAGGUCCGAGGGGAGGCUGCGACUUCUCAAGUAGCAGCAG